CAAAACAAACAAAAUUCUCUUCUUUUUUGUUGUUGGCAGUGGUCUCUAAUCCGCACCUCUGCUGUUGUACCUCUCUUCUUGCUUCUCUUCCUUUCUCUUCUUGCGCUCUCACUGUUCUUCGCUCUACUCUCUCUCUCUACCCACCUCGCAGAUCGCUUUUUCUCUCUCUCAAACCCUUUUACAAGACUCAGAAUUCACUCACCAACAGAUGGCAAUGCGGGCAGCAAGUCCUGCUGCUGCUCUUCCCAGUGCACAUGUUGUCGGUAUGCCUAUGUUGCGCAGUAUUACCGCAUUCUUCAUGAAUCUCCAGAAUUGGUUUAUAAAUUCUAUCAAGAUUCAAGUGUCCUAAGCCGGCCCGAUUCUAAUGGUGUAAUGACUUUGGUGACAACCAUGAAGGCAAUCAAUGAAAAGAUUCUAUCGUUGGAUUACGGAAACUACAAGGCAGAGAUAAAAACUGUGGAUGCUCAGGAAUCCUACAAGAAAGGAGUUAUUGUUUUAGUAACAGGAUGCUUAACUGGGAAGGACAAUGUGAGAAAGAAAUUUACAGGGACUUUCUUUCUAGCUCCACAAAAGAAAGGCUACUUUGUCCUUAAUGAUGUUUUUAGGUAUGUUGAGAAUUAUGACUUGCCCACCCAAAAAAAAAAAAGAAAAAAAAAAAGAAGGUAUGUCGAGGAAAGUGAAUCAUUGGAGGUCAUCAAUUCCGUGACAGUUAAUAAUGGCAUCAACAACAACAAUGCUUCAAUGUCCCCUUUGCCAUUAGAUCCAGAGCCCAUUCGUAGUCCUGAUCAUCCUCCAUUGGAGCCUGUUGCAACCUUCCAGACAGAGGAUCUAAAUAAUGGCCCACAAGUUUGUGACCCCUCAGGUCACGAGGAAGGAUCAGUUUUAGGAGAAAAGGUGAAGGUAAGUAAGGUUGCUAAAGCAUCUGCUCGAGUCUAUGUUCCUACUAGUAACACAAGGGUGGUACCUGCAAAUGCUGAUCUACAGUCAUUGGGUUCUGCAAAACCAUCUCCUGAGUUAGAAGUAUCAGUUCCUAUUGGCCACAGUGCUCCUCUAAGUACUGAUGCUCAUGAAGAAGGUACCCAUCCUUUCUGCUUACUUAUCAGCAAGCUAGCUUUUUGGGUUUGGCAAUUGUUCUUUUGAUUAUCUAUGUGUCGAAGCAAUACUUGGAUAUUAGGGGUUUUUUAGCCAAUCCAAAACACAGUAAGAGCAAGCUUAUAGUAUUGAGUAAUUAUGGAUGUUGAUAAGUGAACUUCUUUAUUCAAGAUGGUUCAAGAAUUAAUAUGGUGGAGAAGAUUGUGGAAGCCAUUGAAAGUCAAAAAGAAGUGUAUUUGAUCAAUUGUGGGCUGAAGUGUUGACUUGAACUUUAAUACUGUGGUUGAAUUUCACACUACGAGUUCAUAUCAAACUACACUGUCUCAUUCAUAAAUGAGUAAGACAUUCUAAGAGAAAGAUUUGUGAUAGAUUGUGUUUGUGAUGAUUUUUGAAUAAUAUUUUAAAGUGA